AUGGUGUCGACCCUCUGGAGCAGCUCCGUCACUCUGCUGUUUCUCGGAGUGUCUUUCCUCCUGGUCGGUCCGUGUCGGUCGGGCUGCCGGGAUGCCGGUCUGUGCUGCACCGGCCGAGACCCUUCCUGCAUCAGUAAAGGAUGGAGGUCCGACCGCUCAUACGGCACCUGCUACUGCGACCAAGCCUGCGUGUCCACCAUGGACUGCUGCCACGACUAUGAGACUGCAUGUCCAGCGGUGUCCUGUGUGGUGAGCGAGUGGACCGGCUGGUCCGGAUGUGCUGAACCCUGCAGGGCCACGGUCCGCAGGAGGAGCAGGACCAUCCUGCAGGAAGCAGUCAACGCAGGAAAACCUUGUCCCCAUCUGGAGGAGCUCGCUGGCUGUGCAGAGUAUUGGUCUCAGCAAGGACACUGUCAAAGCUCACUCGUCCCAGCACUUAUUACCACGGGUGGCUAUGGCAACGCCAGGAAGAAAAGAGACAUCCCCGACAGCAGCGAUGUUAUAGGGUAUUGUGUCCAGUUUCAGCUGACCUCUCUGACAAAAGGAUGCCAGCAGAGCGAAGGCCCACACACUCAGUGGAUGCAGUACCUGAGGGAGGGCCACCAUGUGUGUGUCGAGUGCCAGCCGCCUGCCCUCGCUGCCGGACAGAAGCACUGCGCUGGAGACGGUGAGAAGAACAGCACGGACAGGAGACAGUCUCUCCAGUGGCAGGCGGUGGGAAACCCUCGAUGCAGGGGUGUGUGGAGACGUGUGGGGAGGCUGGAAGCCUGUUCCUGCCCGACAGCCCACAGCUUCCUCUUCAUCUAA